GACGUGAAAGAAAAGGCAAGACUGGUUUUCGAUAUGCUUUGACCUCUUGGAAGAAGUUCAUGAAAGCCGCUAGGAUUAAGUUACAUUUCAAUUAAAGUUACUGAAGUGGGAGUUUAGAACCUAUAUUGGAUUGCUCGAGCAGAAUGGAACAACCAGCCAUCACGUUGCUGAAAAAUUUGAAUCUCAACCAGGAUGACUAUACCAUCAAAGUUCGCAUUGUCAGACUAUGGAGUCGAGCAGCCUUCAAUGAUCCUCGAAAGGUUUAUUGCUAUGAUAUGAUUUUAAUGGACGAAGAGGGGACGAAAAUUCAAGCCUUUGUCUUAGCCAAGACUGCCAGAGAGUAUGAACAUUUGUUGAAGGAGAAGCAAUGUUUGUUCAUCCGUAAUCCUUCAUUAGGCGAGAAUCGACAGAAAGUGAAGUAUGUCCAUAUUUCGACGAAAAUUAAUCUAAACAGCAACGCAAUAGUUUCGGUUUGUGAUGAACCUGUUGGUACUGAGUGGGGAUUCGACUUCUCUCCUUUUAGUUCUGUUGUUGAAGACCCGACUGACGACAAUAAGUCCUUUAAAAGUCCAAUUGACGUAAUUGGUUUUGUCGUUAAGAGUUUUCCUUAUGAUCUAAAAGAGGAUACCAAAGACGGGAAACAAGAAAAGAAGCUAACAUUCAUGCUUCAGGAUUUAGAAGGGAAGCAAAUAUAUGUUACUCUUUGGGAUGCUUAUGCUGAACAGAUUUUGGAUUUUGAAAGGGCCAACCAAGAUGAAAAAAAUGUUGUUGUAAUUGUUCAAUUCGGAAAAUACAGGUUCUGGGGAGGGUUUCUUUAUGUUUCAAAUCUCUACACUGUCACUCGCGUGUUGAUCAACGCUGAAAUUGAUGACAUUUUAACUUUUAAGAAGAGGUUCCUUUCAAACAUUACCCCUGAAACGUCUUCCACCUUUUCUGGGUUGAGUGCAUCCAGAAUAAAGGAUCCUACUGAAGAGUAUCUUUCAGAUUUUGAGUUCAGUACUAUUGGAUCUUUAAAUCAAAUCUCGGAGAAAAAGUUUGUAAUUAUUGUCGGAACUAUAAAGAGUUUUGCUUCCGAGGAUUCUUGGUUUUACAAUGCUUGCAGAAAUUGUAAUCGAGCGGUCACCACAAAAACAAUUUCAAAAGAAAAGCAAGAUGGUUCCGAUGGUUUUGAAGAUAUUGUGGUUCUGGAGUGUAAGGACGAUGGCUGUAACAGUAAGACUGUUUACUCCGUUCCGAGGAUCAGGGUUCCGAUACGGGUUCAGGAUUGUACAGGGAUUGUGACGCUCACCCUAUUUGAGCGUGAGGUGCUUAGGCUGUUGAAGGUUAACGCGACUCAGCUGUUGGAUAAGAACCUUGAUUUAGCUAACGAAGGGAAUUUUCCGCAAGAACUCAAUGCUCUACUCAACAGGAAGUUUGCAUUCAAGAUAUCCAUCGGUUCAUUUAACAUAAAAAACAAAUCGGAUGGUUACUCUGUUUCAAAAUUAACAGACAAUCGAACUGUUAUUGGCGAACUAGAUAAAAUUUUUGAUGUCAUUCAGCCUGUUGACGAGGAGCGUGUGAAUGUUGUUAGCUCUGACAUCAAAGCAGCAGAUGAGGUCCCCGUUAAUGAUUCUGUCUCCCGUAGCAAAGCCGAUGAGACACCUGUUUCGAAUUUUACUAAAGACAUGUUUAAAACACCCGAUGAAGAUGUCAGCGGUACCUCAAUUCGUGUCCUGGAAAACGAGCUGAAGCGGAAUUUGGACAGCAUCUAUGAUGAUGAUGUGAUGUCUUCUCAGUCGUCUACAAAACCACGUAAAGCUGGCAAGGAGGUUGUCGAUGAUGAUGGUGUCACAGUGGGAUUACUGAUUCCCAAGGUUGAGAAGUAGUUUGUGGAAACUAAGAAUGUUUUGAACAUCUCAUUGGUUUUUAUUUUUUCGUGGAGUGUUUGUCGGUUUUUUUUGUAAAACCUAUUAAUUUGUUCCCGUGUUACAACUUUUGUGUUUUUUAUCCUUUGGUCUGGUUGCAAUUAUAUUAAUAAGAGAUGUUCCUUUUGCA